AUGCAACAGGACAUACCGGAUAACGAGGCGGCAGUGCCCGCAGCGCCGCAACAGCCCCAGCCGCUGCAGCAACAAGCCGGCGCAGACUACCGCUCGCAGAUUGUCGCCGCUGACCUAACAGAGCUACCGGUGUCCUCAAAAGGGUACCACUACGUGUUAGUCAUGCUUGAUCUCUACACGAAGUUUGUCAACCUGUAUGCCCUGAAAGAUCAAACGGCGAUCACCGUGGCUCGUUGCAUAUUCGACCACUACCUUCCCCAACAUGGGGUCCCAGAAGCUUUACAUUCAGACCAGGGUCGUCAGUUCGAAUCAGACCUCAUAAAGCACCUCUGUAGCUUAAUGUCCAUCACAAAACUUCGGACAUCUCCUUAUCACGCGCAGUGUGAUGGGGCGGUGGAGCGGCAGAACCGUGUGCUGAAGGAUGAGCUAUCGAAAAAUAUUAAUGCACGGUAUUUAAAGUUAGUAGUGAAGUUUCUGCAACUGUGUUAUCGUAUAGAAAAUGCUGUGUGGACUCUUUCUGAAGUGUACCUGCUUAAUGUUGUAGAACAUUUGGAGGACCUGUACCACCAGGGGGAGCUACUGGGAGAGGGUGGUUAUGGAGCCGUGUAUGCCGGCACUCGCAAGGCCGAUGGCUUCCCAGUGGCCAUCAAACAUGCCCGAAAGGAUGACGAGGAGCUAGAACUGCCUGGACUUGACGGGCCCAUCCCAUUGGAAGUGGCGCUAAUGAUGCUCGUCAGCCAUGAGUCAUCUUGUGCCAACGUGCUGAAGCUCAUGGACUGGUUCAGUGGACCAGAAGAUUACAUUAUGAUCCUGGAAAGGCCGGAUCCAUGCCAGGAUCUGUACGAAUUCUGCGAUAGCAAAGGGGGCUACCUCUCAGAAGAUGUUGCAAGGCACGUGCUGGUCCAGGUGCUCCAGGCUUUGCGUCACUGCCAGGAUUCAGGCGUCUUCCAUCGCGACCUCAAAACAGAGAAUCUGUUAAUCAGGACGGACACUUUGGAGAUUAAACUAAUUGAUUUUGGCUGUGGAGACAAAUGGAAGGACACCCCCUAUGUGGAAUAUUCAGGAACAGAGGACUUUGCUCCCCCAGAGCUGUUCCUGAGUGGGGAGUACCUAGCUGGCCCCACCACGGUCUGGUCUGUAGGCCUCACACUUUAUGAGCUAGUGUGCGGCUACUUGCCCUUCCGCAACAAGAGGGCAAUCAUCUCAGGCUGCCUGAUAUUCCCCUCAUGGGUCUCUCCUGGUGAGCUGCUUACUUUUUGUCCCACGACUAGAGUCUCCUGACAGGGAGUGUUCUUUUUCUGACUAACUCUCUGACUCUGCCAAUCUAUUCUCCAACAGACUGCUGCAGUCUGAUUCGCCGGUGCCUGAGGCGUAAGGUGGCGGAUAGGCUGACAUUGGAGGAGAUUCAGGUCCAUCCAUGGCUGCAGCAGACGUGACUGCUGACCUGAAGGUCAAACAAGAAAAUAUUGUUUUGUUAACCUUCUGUAAUCAUGAUCAUCUUAAAUAAUGCGCAACUGUCAAAUAAAAGAUUUACUUUCACAAAUGCUCUAUAUAGGUGUUUCUCAUUUGUUCUGAUUUCUUGGUAACAGUGGUUAGUUGAUGCACAAUAUCCUGGUUCCCCGAAUAUCCAAGUCAUAUCAUAAUGAUUUGACCUGAAUUAAAACAAUGGUUGGGCCAGAGGGAAUCCAGACAUCUUGGGGUGAUACGUGUUCGAUAC